AUGUCUGUUGAAAGUUUGCAGCCCUCCCGAGUUCCCAGUUUGGAUUUAGUCAUAAAGCAUGAGGUGCCACCCUGCCAAGGCAGUCUGCAAUCCCGUUUCGCGGAAGUAAGGGAGAAAAUGGGGGUGGAGGGAGCAGCUGCGAAGCAGCAUCCGCCCGAAGGAGGAACCUCGCCAGCCUCCCGCGCUACCUGGCCGGGCCUGGCACCCCCAGCGCGGCGCAGCAGCUCACGCAGGAAACCCAGCGUGAGCCCGGGAGGCGCAGGCCCUCCUCCGCCCUCGUCAAGUCACACUCCUUUUCUGCCCCCGACUGGCCUCGCCCCCGCCACGCUACCUGUGGACCGAAAAAGAACAAAACUCGAACCCCCUGGUAUUGCGUCCUCUCCUUCCAGCCUCUCCGAGCCCCCACCAUCUGCUAAAAGAGAAGAUGCUCCGUACACACACUCUCACCAACCCCCCAUCCCCAGCUCCUGCGGCCGAGGCCACCCCGGGGUGCUGGCGGGCCAGGGGCGGGAUGCUGCUGAGAAGCGCAAGCUGCACACGCCAGGCGGGAACCUGCCGGAGGGACUCGUGGGUAUGCAGGCCUCUCACUGCUGUGGCCUCUCCCAUUGCGGAGCACAGGCUCCAGACGCGCAGGCUCAGUGGCCAUGGCUCAUGGGCCCAGCCGCUCCGCGGCAUGUGGGAUCCUCCCGGACCCGGGCACAAACCCGCAUGCCCUGCAUCGGCAGGUGGACUCCCAAGCACUGCGCCACCAGGGAAGCCCUAAGGUACAAUUUUUUAAUAUUCUAAGAUAUUUGUGAUAAAUUUUAUAAAUGGAAAACUUAAAUCUUUUAUAAUCAACUAUAAAUAGAUUUUUUGGAUUUAAUGUUUAAUUAUGAAGACUAGGUUAUGCUGUGUGUUUGUGUUAGAUAGCUUUGGUUAAUUAUUAAUGCCAAGAGUAGUCUAAUUUUGGGUGUAGAAAAUAACUGUUACAUGUGAAUGUAAAGUGUUAAAAUAUAAUAUAGAAAAUUAACUGUGUAUGACUGCAUAUAGUCAUAUAGUAUAUAAAAACAUAUAGCAUUAAUUCAUGUUCUAGGCAAACCAAUUUUUAUGUCCUAGUAUAGGCUCUAGAAGAAAUCUCUAUCACUUACCUACCUACUUAUCUACCUAUUAGUUUGUUUUGUAUCUCGGUCCAGUGCCUUGUCUGUCGUUUGCCAUGUUGACAUUUGAUACUUGAUAACGUACUAUACAUCUAACCCUCUCUGCACAUAAGGUAGAGUACAGAAAGUAUUUUGAAAAUUGAGUGCUAGAUAAAUGUGACAUAUCACCAUAAUUUCACCAUUUUUACUCCUACGAAGGAACAUUUUGCCUAUGAAAGCAACCUGACUUCAGAAGGUCUCCUUCCUACUUUGCCCUCUCUCUCACAUCCUGUCUUUCUUCCUGUAGCUGUGUAAUGGGAUUCCUUCUGGUAGACAUGGCAAAAGAAAAACUUUGAAAAACUUUAAUAUAGUGAAAAUAAAACAGAAUAUCCCUCCUAGGACAUUUUAAGUGAGGUCCUUUGUGGCUAGCUCAAAUUAAAACAUGUAAGGUGAAAGACAAAGUGUGUAUUUAUGGUUAAAAGAUCUUCUUAAACUGUAUGUAACCAAAAGCCCCCAAAUAUAUACUUUUUAUUAUUUGAAAUUCAAUUCCUAUUUUCUCAUAAUAUGAAUGACUUGAUUUAUAAAACAACUGGUUAGCCAAUUUUUAACACAAUUCAUGGUAUAAUUUUCUUAUGUUUGCAGAUAAGUUUUGUAGUAUAUGAGGAAAAUAUGUUUAACAUAUCUGACACUUUGGAAUCCAUUAUCACUGAGAGAUUUACUAUGAACCACUUCAUGACAUAAUAUGUAAAAUACAAAUGUUUCAUGUUGUUGAUGCUGAUUUAAUGAUGAUAUUGACAGUUUUGUGACUAAAUCCGUAAGCAGAGGAAAUACUGAAAAUUUGAUUUUUAGCAGGUUCUUUCUUUCUUUAAAAUGCAACCCAUGGGCUCAGCUAUACAAUUCAGUUUUAGAAUAUAUUAUAAAUACUAAUGCAAUAUGCAACAUAUUUUGUUUAGCUGCCUCAACAGCAUAUUCAGUUUA